AGACUUGCACAUCCGGGAGGAGUGGGUCGUGGUUCUCGGACCGGGACGUCUGUGCAGGCGGGCUCCGGACCGCUCUCGGUCCUGUGCGUGGCAGGCUUGCGUUUCAUUCAAGAGGUUGAAGAAGGUGGUCCUGCAGCCAUGGCGGAGCUGGCCGGAGCGAAGCCGAGGCGCAUCCUGGUGACGGGUGGCACCGGGCUGGUGGGGCGAGCCAUCGAGAAGGUCGUAGCGGACGGGGAGGGCCGGCCGGAUGAGCAGUGGAUCUUCGUGUCCUCCAAGGAUGCCGACUUAACGAAUGCGGCAGAGACUAAAGCCCUGUUUGAGAAGCACAGGCCCACCCACGUCAUCCACCUGGCAGCCAUGGUGGGCGGCCUCUUCAAGAACAUCAAGUACAACCUGGAUUUCUGGAGGAGGAACGUCCACAUCAACGACAACGUGCUGCACUCAGCGUACGAGCUCGGGGCCCAGAAAGUGGUCUCUUGCCUCUCCACCUGCAUCUUUCCCGACAAGACCAGCUACCCCAUUGACGAGACCAUGAUCCACAACGGGCCCCCGCACACCUCCAACUUCGGCUACUCCUACGCCAAGAGGAUGAUCGACGUCCAGAACAGGGGGUACUUUGAGCAGCACGGCUGCCGGUUCACCGCCGUCAUCCCUACCAAUGUCUUCGGGCCUCACGACAACUUCAACCUCGAGGACGGCCACGUGCUGCCCGGCCUCAUCCACAAGGUCUACAUGGCCAAGAAAACAGGCACCGCCCUCACCGUGUGGGGCACAGGGAAGCCCCGGAGACAGUUCAUCUACUCGCUGGACCUGGCCCGGCUCUUCCUCUGGGUGCUCCGGGAAUACGACGAGGUGGAGCCCAUCAUCCUCUCGGUGGGGGAAGAGGACGAGGUCUCCAUCCGGGAAGCUGCUGAAGCCAUCGUGGAAGCCAUGGACUUCACGGGGGGGCUGGUUUUCGAUGAGACGAAGUCGGACGGGCAGUUCAAGAAAACAGCCAGCAACAGCAAGCUGAGGCGAUACCUGCCUGGCUUCCGCUUCACGCCCUUCCGGCAAGCAGUGAAGGAAACCUGCAACUGGUUCACCACCAACUACGCCGUUGCCAGGAAGUGACCGGUCCCGGGGCCAGCGGGGCCUUGGCCGCCACCUCUUACACUCAGGGCGUUCUCUGCGGGGGCAGAGGAUGAGACAAACCGAUCAGGGCAUCUGGGAGGGUGGCAGGAGAGGCAUCAUGGGGUGAGAAUUCAGUGAUUUAAGGGUGGCGGUGCUCCUCUUCCCCGGGGCCAGCUUAGGAUACACUUUGCCAACACGGGACUUGCACUACAAGGAGACCAGGAGGCCGGGGGUGGUGGGGACAGCCUCUCCUGGGCCAGAUCAGAUCCUGUGCGCUUGCCUCGAAGCUCUGCAGGGGCACAGCCUUGCGGGCAGGAGCCUGGGAGCUGCAGCAUGGGAGAGAGACGGUGACGGCCUGGUCUAGCUCCGGCGGAGACUUGUCUACAAAAGGGCUGUGCUGCGAGAGCGGGUGAUGGGAGGCUGGGGAGUGCCCGGUGCUCCUACUCUGCUUGCUGGGCAUUUCCGGAGGAGCCAGGGCCCAGUUUGUGUCCUGUCUGCUCCCAGCCCUUCUUCCCUGCCGGCGCUUCUGUCCCCCACUGUGAAAUGGCAAAUGUACUAAGCUGUGAUCAAGUGUAAUUUAGAUGCUGAAUAAAUCAGGGCCAAUGCUUUGUGGCUUUGCUGUCCUAGAA